AAGAGGGAGAGAGGAGGGGGAAGCAUUUCCUUUUUCCAUUUACAUCACACUCCGGAGCUAAAAAAACAAGGCUGUCGUGCAAAUACGUGCGGAUUAAAGUGAUCAGACCUGGAAGAGGAUGCUACAGAAACGGCUUCCAUAUCAGCACUGACUGAACACUGGACGGAAAUAAGAGGACAGAGUUCAUUUUGGAUUUAGCAGCCGAAGUUUCACGUAAUUCUUCCCCGGGCAUCAGGAAUAGGCUGGGGUGUCAUCAUGGAAGUAUUUCCUAAGGAAAAAUAGAGAUACCCUCAACUUGGACUUGGAGCUGGUCUGAGAAAGUUUGGAGAAACAUUCAAAGCAAGUUGUGUGCAGUAGAUCGCGGUUUUCCAGAUGUCUUUGCAGCGACUGGUGAAUGCAACACAUUCACACCCCAAAGAGAAAAGUAGCACAUCUCUUAAUUUCUUGCAACUCUGUGGAUUUUAGGAGUUAACAGCGUCGAUUGAAAUUAGUAUAUGACAAAUUUGGGAUUUUCCGGCAAACACUCCAAGAUUAACGGGUUAUUUUUAAACUCUGCAUGCUGGUUGUAAGACUCGUCGACAUUUUUGGAUAUGGACGGACACCGAGGAGACAAAAUAAAGGAGCCUUUUUAAUAAACAAGAGUCAGAAGUUAUCAUGAAAAUGUUAUUUGGGUGAAGUAGCCUACUCGGAAACUCUUAAGGGAAGCCUAAUGAGCGGCACACAGUCAACACUCACUGACAGGACCCCAAGCAUUCUCAACAAGGACCCCACAGACAAGAAACCUAAGAAUGAGAAAUCCUCUGUCUCCCUCAAACAUGAGUUUGACCCUACUGGUCUUGUCCAGCGGUGUGUGAUAAUCCAGAGAGAUGAAAAUGGCUUUGGGCUGACCGUAAGUGGAGACAACCCUGUGUUUGUGCAGCUGGUAAAGGAAGAUGGGGCUGCAAUGCGAGCAGGUGUUCAAACAGGAGAUAGGAUCAUUAAGGUUAACGGGACCUUAGUUACAGAUUCAAACCACACUGAGGUUGUGAAGCUCAUAAAAUCGGGCUCCUAUGUAGCCCUGACAGUGCUGGGGAGGCCUCCAGGGCUUCCUCAGAUCCCACUCGAGGAGGGAGAGGAGGAAGAGAGGGAGGAAGGGGCAGAGGUCAGCCCUCUUUCCUCCCUCUCAGUGCCCCACUCGCCUGCACUGCCCGGUGGGGAGCAAUGCAGGCCCCAGGAGCACACCACCUCAUCUCCGUCAGAUGGGGGUGAGAACAAAACCAUGCACAACCAGAAGGCCGACAUCCCACAAAAGAUGCUAAUCAAGGAGCAACAGGACUUACAGGCAAAGGAGGAGGAGUACAGCAGAAACCCUCGGCCUAAACUACUGAAGGAGAUCCAGGAGGCCAAGAAGCACAUUUCCCUGCUGCAGGAGCAGCUCAGCAAAGCAGCAUUACAGGAUGGAGCAAAAGGGUGCAGAGAUGGUGAGGCUGAGGAGGGGGGCCGUGAACCUUCUCUAAAGGAACAGACCCCGUCCUCAUGGGGUGACAGCGGUACUGACGGGCCCUCGACCAACAAUAACUCUAUGCACAGCAGCCCCCUCUCAGAGAGUCCAGGCAAAAGAGAGACACCGUGUCAAAGCCCAGACAUCAUCCGCCGAGACGGCCUGAACUUCUGCCCAUCACCAGACACUGGGGACACUCCUGACACAGACUCAAGUGCCCAGUGUAGUAUGGGUAGCCCUCCGUACCUCCUCAACCCCCAGAUCAUCGGAGCAGAAGAUGACUACUUUGACUCACAGCAAGAGCAGAUUAACGGACAGUGUAGCUGUUUCCAGAGUGUAGACUUGUUGAAGUCUCGGCCGGCUCAUCUCGCUGUCUUCCUCCAUCAUGUUGUCUCGCAGUUUGACCCGGCGCCUUUGCUCUGUUAUCUCUACGCUGACAUGCACAAGCAAACCAGCUCCAAAGAAAGCCGGCGCUUCUUCCUGGAUUUCCACUCACUCUUUAUGGAUAGAACAGCAAAUCUUAAAGUACCAGUGCCAGAGGCCAUUUCAGCUGAAUUAGAGAAGCGGAGGUUGGAGUUAAUCCCAGAGGAGCUCUGCAAACAGUAUACCCAGGUGUUACAGGACACACUCUUACCAGACCUGCACAAGAACCUGGAUGAUUUCAGACAGAAGCGCAGCAUGGGUCUGACUCUGGCUGAAAACGAGCUGUCGAAGCUGGACUUGGAGCGUGGAAAAGAUCAGCAGGCCUUGGAGAAGGAAUGCUCCUGUGCUGAACACAUCCUCUCCAAGAUAGAGGAUAUCUUGUUGACAUCUCAUCCCACAGAAGAGGAGAAGUGCCAAACAAUGCAGUAUGUGAUUCACACCUAUAUGAAGCACCUUGGGGUGAAAGCAAAGGAGCCUCGCGGCCUCGAACAUAAACGAGCGCGCAUCAAUUUCCUGCCUAAGAUUAAGAAGAGUAUCAAGCCUGAGAAGGAAGGUGAGGAGAAGGUAAAAAAGCCUCGGUUUCCCAACAUCCUCGGCCCGCCACGGCGUCUGAGCAGAGUAGAUUCCACUUCAGUCGGUAAGGCCGUGGAGAUAAACAAGCAGCGGUCACCAAAACAGCCCUCUCAGCCAGCCAUCGGCAUCCCUGAACAGUCUGACUCUUCCUCGAAUUCUGGACGGAUCCGUGGAAAUCAGCUCAGUGAAGGAUCGGACAACGGCACACAAUUUUUUCCCUCCACCACCUCCCCUACACACAGCUCGUCCACCGGUCAGGCCUCAGAUACCAGUGGACAAGACUCAGACUCCAAUGCGUCUCCAUUCUGCAUCCAGCCCAGACUGGGAGAGAGUCUGCAGUCUGGCGACCAUCAGGACGGAGUCUUCAGUCCGACCAGCACUCCGUUUGACUUCAGCCCCUCCAACCUGGAGCAGUUACAAGAGGAAGACCAGGAGCCUUUCAGGAUGGAGGUGCAGUGUCCGGUGAGUUCAGCUGACAUCCAGAGUGAAGACGAUCAGGGAGGUGAGAUGGAGUUUGAAGAGGACCCCGUGAACUGGCAGAGUCUGGUCAGCCGAGGUGUCCUGGCAAGCUUAACGCAACAGGAGAUCAAGCGGCAGGAAGUCAUCAAUGAGCUGUUCUACACUGAGCGUGCCCACUUGCGGAUGCUGAAAGUGUUGGACUGUGUUUUCAACCAGAGGUUGAGCAGAGAUGCUAUCCUCCCGCCAGAAGAUAUCAAACACAUCUUUAUUAACCUGGAGGAAAUCAUUCAGCUGCAUGUUUCUAUAACAGAGCAAAUGACAGCAAUCAGGAAGAGGAGUGAGACAUCUGUGAUCGGUCAGAUUGCAGAUGAUCUCCUGGCAUGGUUCAGCGGGGAGGAAGAGGAGAAGAUAAAAAGAGCAGUGGGAACUUUCUGUAGUAACCAGCCGUCUGCACUGGAGCUCAUCAAGACCAGGCAGAAGAAAGACCAGAGGUUCACGUUAUUCAUGCAGGAAGCUGAGAGCAACCGUCUGUGUCGCCGGCUGCAGCUUAAAGACAUCAUUCCUGUAGAGAUGCAGAGAGUGACCAAGUACCCACUUCUGCUGGACAACAUUGCCAAGUACACAGAAGAUGGUGAGGAGAGGGAAAAAGUGAAGAAAGCUGGAGAAUGUUGCAAAAAGAUCCUUAACCAUGUCAACCAGGCUGUCAAAGAGGCUGAGAACAAACAGAGGCUAGAGGAGUAUCAGAGAAGGUUAGACCUCUCGUCACUCAAACAGAGUGAAAACCCCAUGAUCCUGGAGCUGAAGAAUCUGGACCUGACCAAGCGGAAGAUGGUGCAUGAGGGACCUCUCUCCUGGAAAGUCAACAAAGACAAGGCAAUUGAGCUGUACACGAUCCUCCUGGAGGACAUUCUGGUUUUACUGCAGAAACAGGACGAGCGUCUGGUCCUCAAAUUCCACGGCAAGAAUCUGGCCAGUGCUGCAGACACCAAACAAAUCUUCAGCCCCAUCAUCAAACUCAACACUGUCUUGGUUCGGCCAGUGGCAACUGACAACAGGUCUUUCUUUGUGCUGUCCAUGUCGGAAAACGGGGCUCAGAUCUAUGAGCUGAUGGCUCAGACGGUGUCAGAUCAGAGAACGUGGCAGUGUUUGAUCACGCAAUGUGCUGACGCCAUGAAGUCCCAACCUCAUAACAGAGACACACCUGCAGCUCAAUCUGAUGCUGAGCGGGACGCUAUUGAGAUCAUCAAACAUGGGAUGUCUAAGGAGAGCAAAGAACCUGACCGCACAUCAAGUGGAAGCAUCCAUUCUUCAGGCAUCCAAGAUAAAGAUGCCACCUCUUCUCCAGACAUUCAGUCUCCACCGAGUAUGAACCCUUUUGAUGACAUGAAAUCAGAAGACGAGGAAGAGGAGCUGGCCAUAGCAGACAGACAGGAGGAGGAGGAAGAUGAGGAGGAUGAAGAGGUGGAUGAAGCAGAACUAGAGGCUUUUCUUGACGGGCAGCUGGCAGACAGACUGCCCUUCCUGCAGGAAGGGUCACGUCAGGGCAUCGCCCUUGAAAACCAAGAGCACAAUGCGUUUGUCUUACCCUCCUCCAAAGGCGAAGAGGCUCUCAAGACAUUGGCGAUGCUGAAGCAGGCUCUUUUCAACCACAUUAUAAGCAGAGAGGCAGAGGAGGAGAACAAGCAGAGUAGGGCCCCUGGGUGUCUACUCAGUGCCUCUCUGCCUGGGAGCCCUGAGGGGCCCUCUGCUGCCAGUGAUGAGAGCCAAGCAUCUGCAAGCUCACAGAAAGACAACCCUCAGCUCCUCUCAGGACGCACAGGUCUGCCUGAGCCAACUGAACACAAUGCUCUGCUUAUCCUUCCAGGUGGUUUUGUGGUUAUGGAUUUCAGUGGGGUCUCUGAGGAAAACAGCACUGAUGAUGAUGUGGGAGUUGCAUGUGAUGUGGGAAUCGAUAUGCGGAAACUGCUGUCCUCCUCCUCGCAGACAGAGGGCGGCGGCCCUAACCUCAGCAGGCAGCUUAUGACCCACCUACGCCUCCUACAGGCCGACCUGCAGUAUCUGAAGGAGGUGGAGAUGAAGUACAACGAGAUGCGACAAACACACAGUGACCUGGCUACUGACUCAGAUGACAACCAAUGAUGGGUUACAAUGAUGAAAGACUUCCUGGACUUUCUUGGUUGAAUGGGCCAAGUUUCUUCUGAAUGAAUCCUUGACCACUGAUGUUUCCACAUAAUGGAAGCUUAUUGUCUGAUCUCCCACUUCAGGCAUGUAUCAGUGGAAGACGUAAUCAUGAUUAUUAGGAACAUUCCACUAUGAACUCAAAAUCCUUCUGCGGAGGAUCUGUGGAGUUACCUGAGGACAAUUCAGUCGCUUUUUGCUAUAAUAAUAACUAGCUGCAUAAAUUAUCUAAAACACUGGAGAUAUGAAGGGGGAAAGUGUUUGAAGUCACACAGAUGUACAGCAGAGACGCGUUAAAAAAUAAAAAGAGACUGUGACAGUGACCAGAAUGAUUCUCCGAGGAUCAAGAAGGUAGAUUGUCUUGUUCAGGACUCACUGCUGUAAGCUUCAUAUAAAAGUCUGCAGAAAGAAAUAAGAGAUAACCUCUUCUGUGCAUAUUCAGCCUAGCAUAUAGACGAACAUGCUUUAAGAUAGACUUCCUCACUUUGUAACAGCACUGAUUAAUAACCGUUAAAUGCCCCACCCCAAAAAAACACCUCUAGAGUUCACUAAUUAUCAUGUUGUAUCUUGUUUCCAUACACAAGCAGAAAUUACAGUUUUGGUUUUAGGGGGAUUCACUUGCUGGAAAUAUAAUGUACAUGAUGAACAACAACCUGGCGGAGUGAGGUUGCCAGGUUUGGUAACAAAACAGAGACCAAAACCUUUGCUCACCGAUCGUAUAUGGCAACCCAUGCUUUAGCUGGAGGCGCUGGACGGAUGGAUAAACUGUUGUAAUGCCAACUAAAAACACAAUUGUUUUUACAUUUAUGUUUAUGUGUGUGUGUGUUAUUGUUCAUUAGUGAAUUUUAGAGGUGUUUGUAGGCAUAUUUUUAAACAGAGCCAUGUUAGCUGAUCCCCCUGUAGUUAUAGUGUUUGUGCUAAGCUAGGCUAACUGUGUCCUGAAUCCAGCCUCAUACUUCACGCACAUGACCGUAAUAUUGCUCUUUGUCUUUGUCUCACUUGGAAAGAAAGCAAACAAGCAUAUUUAUCAGAAAACACAUGAAUAAUUUUAAAAUGGUUAUAAGAGGCUAAUUUGUUGUCUGGGUUGAUGGACUGAACUUUAUUUAUUUGGGGUCUGGCCACAAAUAUCAAAUGAAGAUUUGUUCUAUUUGCAGAGCUAAACCCUUUGACAGUUCCAGUACUGUUUGUUAACUGGCUGUCCUCUUGGUUUGAAUGUCUGAGCAAAUAGCGUAUAAAUCAAAUGUUGUUUAGCAGCUGACUUUGAAGUUGAAAUUUUCCUAUAGCACUUGAAUGUAGCAUAACAAACAAAUCUAGAUCCAGAUCCCUGCCAAAAUCUAAUAAACUCUGUCUACAGUUCA